UUGCAUUAAUCAUAUAGGAAUUACAGACACAAUCACUCCACUUUCAUAGGCUCAAAAUAUGACAACUGACUGAUAAGCAGUUUGAAAGCUGUUUGGGGCUUCAUGACGAUUUAAGGUGAUAAAUGAUCUGGGAUCCCAUCCAAGUGUUGAAUUUGUAUCGGUCGCUGUUGUAGGGAACCUUUAAUAUGCAGCAUAAAGAAAUGCUAAUGCAAGUGAAGGAGGCCAUCAGUAGGCAAAAAAAACAUGAGCUAAUAAUGUUUUUUUGUUUUGUUUUUAAAUAGACCUCUUCUGCACAGCCUACACACAAUUAUAAAUCUUAUAAAUAUUGUUAUCAUAUUAUUUGUUUGAUAUAAAAGAAGCAGAAAUAGUUUUUUCUUUAAAAAUCUAAAGAAAAAUCCAUUGGAUUAAAAUGUUCUUAUGCAUGAUAUUAGUUGACCAAGGAGGGCAGGUAAUAAGGGGUGUGAUUGCUGAAUGAUGUCACCGAGGGUGGUCACAUACUGUAGAAACUCAGGUAAGCCCACCAUGUCUCUCCUCAUAUCUAAACCCCUCAGAGAAGACCAGCUAUGGAACCUGCAAAGCCUCUUCCACAGUUCUCUGAGAUGUACUCUGAAGUCAUCGUCAGUUCAAGUGCAGAUGUUCAGGGUCCUCCUAAGAAGGAGUCCUCGGGGCCUGAAAGCGGCGGGGAUGUGGUGGGUCGAGUUAGGCUCCACCCAUCUCCAUCUCGCAGGAGACACCGAACCACCUUCAGCCAUGAACAGCUGGAGCAGCUGGAGUUAGCCUUCAGACACAAUCACUACCCUGAUAUCUACUGCCGAGAGGAGCUGGCUCAGCAAACUAAACUCAAUGAGGCCCGCAUUCAGGUUUGGUUCCAGAACCGUCGUGCCAAGCAGCGGAAACAGGAGCGGGCCACUCAGAAAGCCCUGCAAGCAGGUAUAAUGCCAGGAUGCAGAGUUCUCCCAAACAGUGCACGAGGUGGUGUGGCAAGACAGUACCAGUGCUCUCACUCCCUACCACAUAUACCCAAAAUUUCAUCAGUGCUGCCCUCUGCUGAUUUCUCCCCCCACACAGCAGCCACUACACAGCUAGCCUGCCCUCCAGCUCCCACUGCAACUCAGCCUGCCAGGCAGCACGAGGACUGGUACUGUCAGCUGAGGCACAUUGGAGCACCGGCUCCCAGCCUGCCCCAUGCAUCUGUGUUUUCCUUGACCUCCAUGCCAGCGCUGGAGUCAGCUGUCCACUGGAACUAGGCUUUCAACAAACAAGCCCUAAUAUACAGUAAUUGUAGAACCCUUUAUGCCAUUAACCAAAUUGUUUUACAGUGAUGCCCUUAUGAUUUUGAACAGAAAGUCGCACAUGUCUCUACAUUUCUCUUCUUUUUGUAUAUGAAUGUCAAAAAAAAAAUGAAGAAAAGAUUUUCACAUACUUUAUUUCUGUUCCAAAACAGAUGUUGUCUUGACGUUUAGAUAUGUUUCUAAAACAAAAAGAACUAGUUUACACAUUCAUAAACCCACAAGCAUCAAACUGUAAAAAUAUCUUUAACAUAUUAACAGAGUAUUGUUUACAUUCUCAAUAAUCUAGUUUAAAUAGAUUUAUGUUUGUCUUUGUAGAAAACCUUCAUC